CUAAAUAACCUCAAUCUGAAUUGUUUACUUUUUUCUAAUUCGGAAUUUGUGUUUCACGACGUGAAACAUGUCGUCCAGCAGUAGUGCUGUGUGGAACUUUUUUAAAAAGACCAAUAAAAUAAAUGUUUCUUGCAAUCUGUGUGGUAAAAACUAUAAAACUAGUGGCAAUACGUCAAAUUUAGCAGCACAUUUGCGAAACAAACAUUACCAUGCAUUCUCAGAGUUUAAAAAUGCUCGCGGCAAGUCAACCUUGGACUCAGAAUCUAAAGCUAAAAAAUACGCAUUGGACCAACCACGAAAAUUGUCAUUCAGAACUAGUUCUCCUACCCCUUCAACUUCAACUAGUUUAUCUUCCAUUACUGCUAAUGACAACGAAAUUGAAAAUAUAGCGGGUUUGUCUGCAACCAGUCUCGAAAAUUAUGAUGUAAGUAUAAUCAGACUAGAUAAGUGAUAAGCUAGUCUCAGUAACGAGUAAUGUGAAGUUGCUAAAAAGUAUGGAUAUCGAUAAAUUCAAAAUGUCCUGUAUAUUUCUUUUUCAGGCUGAAUCAUCUACUUCCGUUCAAAGUAAUCAGUACAAACAAAUAACAAAACAACCAACACUCAUGGAUAUAUUGGAAAGAAGUUCAAGCUAUGAAGCAGGGGGUCAAAAAACAAAUGAAAUAAAUCAAGCAUUUAUUUACAUGAUUUGUAAAGACAACAUGCCUUUUUCUUGCGUAGAAAAACCUGGAUUGCAAAAAUUCACAAGAGUUAUUUGUCCACGUUACAAGCUUCCCUCACGCGCUAAGGUAACCAGCUUAGUCGAACAGCGAUAUACUACUACAAAAGCUAUCUUAAAAAAUAAACUAAGAGAGACUGAAAAUAUAGCAUUGACGAGUGAUAUAUUAACACUAACCAACUCGACAAGGAGUUUCCUAGUUAUGACAGCGCAUUUUUUGAAUGCCACAGAAGACUCUGUUCCAGAGCUAGAAACAGUGACACUGACAGCGCAGAGGAUGUAUCAAGCACACACAGCUGAUUACAUACAAGAAUGUUUUGAAAAUAUUAUCAAGGAGUUUUUAAUAGAAAAGAAAAGUAUCCAUUCAAUGACCACUGAUGGUGGUAGUAAUAUGGUGUCUGCAGUGAAGAAAUUCUUGGGAGACAACAAGAGAAUCCCUUGUAUGCCGCAUUUGAUCAAUUUAAUAGUAGAUGCCGCUUUGUCGAAAGAUAAUGCACCUGUUCUGGAACUUGCUAAUCAAGUCAAAUCUAUUGUGACGUAUUUCAAACAAUCUGUUAAUGCUAUGGACGAAUUAAGAGCAGAGCAACAGAGUCUUCAAAAAAAGGAAGGGGAAGUGCUAACACUCAUUCAGUCGGUCAGCACUCGAUGGAAUUCGUGCCUAGAUAUGCUAGAAAGAUUCAAUAAGCUGUCAGCUAUAGUGGCUAAAAUUUUAUCUGGUAGGAGAAAUGCCCCAGAUAUGCUAACAUCGUCGCAGCUGAAUGUCAUACGAGAGCUGAUAACACUGCUUGCUCCUUUUAAGCAGGCUACUGAAGACAUUAGCGGUGAUCAUUAUGUGAGUGCUAGUCUAGCAAUACCAAUUACAAAUUUGCUGUCGCAAGGACUGGAACACGAAAAACCCUCAACAGUAUUAGGUAUUGCUGUAAAAACCAGUUUAUUGCAAGGGGUUACUACAAGACUAAGGCCCUUGGAGGAAAAUUUAUACUUGGCAAAAGCUACGAUUUUAGAUCCGCGGUUUAAGCGUAUGCACUUUAGUUCCGCACUUGCUGUUUCAAAAGCAAUAAGUGAGUUAUCCGAUGAAAUACGUGCAGAACACAGGCGACGAGGACAACUUUCCCCUGAUCUGAAUACUGCUACAAUUGCUGAAACACAAAAUUCCGUGACAUCAGAAUCAGAGUCAUUAUGGUCUCGACACGAAAAGCUACUAGUUGCUGCAGCCAGCAAUAAUGCAACUAAUGUAGCCUCUCGAACUAAUAGAAUGCCAAACGAAUUGAAGCAAUACCUAGAUGCUCCUAAUAUAUCUCGAAAAGAAAACCCAAUAAAGUUCUGGAUAGAUACAAGGCAUUUUACCCCGGUUCUUUCUAAUCUAGGACUUAAAUAUUUAACACCUACGGCUUCCUCUGUGCCGUCAGAGAGAGUGGCUUCUGCAGUUAAUUUGGCGGUUCCUAAUAAUAGGAGCCGGCUGACAGCAGAGCAUAUAAAGAGUAGAGUUUUUCUCCUCUCUCUACCAGACAAAUAUUGGUUUGCCUGAUUCAUUAAGGACCGAUUCCACCGUUGUGUUAAGCGAAGUUUAAAAUGACA